AGCAUUUAGGGUUCAUAUAUUUGCAGCAUUGUGUCGGCGGACUCUUCUUCCUCACACCCACUCUCUUCUUUACUUUCAGAAUCCGCAAAGAUGAACGUCGAGAAGCUUAUGAAGAUGGCUGGUGCCGUCCGCACAGGUGGGAAAGGAAGCGUGAGAAGGAAGAAGAAGGCUGUUCAUAAAACAACUACUACAGAUGACAAAAGACUUCAAAGUACUUUGAAGAGAAUCGGGGUGAAUGCUAUUCCUGCAAUUGAGGAAGUUAAUAUAUUCAAGGAUGAUGAAGUUAUUCAGUUUAUUAACCCUAAAGUUCAAGCUUCUAUUGCUGCCAACACAUGGGUUGUUAGCGGUUCUCCACAAACAAAGAAAUUGCAAGAUAUUCUUCCUGGAAUUAUUAACCAGUUGGGCCCCGAUAAUCUUGACAAUUUGAGGAAAUUGGCGGAGCAAUUCCAGAAGCAAGCACCGGGUGCUGCAGCAGCAGCUGGUGAUAUUAAGGUUGAAGAAGAUGAUGAUGAUGUGCCAGAACUUGUAGCUGGAGAGACAUUUGAGGCAGUUGCUGCUGCUGAGGAAGGAAAGACCCAGGCUUGAUUUAUAUUGGGCUUGAUGUAAUUGUUAAGCGUAUUGUUAGGUGAGCUUAAAUCAUCGCACUUUGAAAUAGAUGAAGUUUACCAUGAUUUUGUCUAAUUUCAAUAUUUUUGGUGUAUUAGAUAUUUGAAUCUUAUUCUGUUUUCUUUCUUUCAAUUAUUGAGAACUUUUUAGAUGUUAUUUUGUAAUGGAAAAAGGUCAAAAAUCAUCAUUGUUGAACAUUUGAGGUAGAACACAAUUCCACAUAUAAACUUGAAAGAGUAGAAGAUUGUGUUAGUAUCUCAUUUUGUUCAAUUUUAAGCACUUGUUGGAUA